AUGGAAAAAAAAUUAAAUGGAAUACCAGUGGAUAAAAUUGAUCCACUGGACCCACAAGUAAAAGAUAAAUAUCAAAUAUUUAAAGAAGAAAUCACUAAAUCAGCAUUGUUAUCACUGAGGGAAAGGAUUCCUCAAAAAAUACUAUAUUUUAAUAACAUACUGACUGAGUACUCUAAAUCAGGCCUACUCUUCAACUCGGACGAUUUAGAUAAAGAAUCAUACCAAAGUAUAAAUAACCACAGCCCAGAGAGUAAAAGAACAAAGAGAGCACACGAGGAGGCGAACCAAGUGUUGCCAUCACACAAACAAAUAUUCCUAGAACUAGAGCAAAUAAAGCUAGAAGCAUCGGAGUUAAUAGAAAUAAUCACUAACAUUAAGCUGUGGAUACAGCUUAACAUACCGAGAAUAGAGGACGGAAACAACUUCGGAGUGGGAAUACAGGAGGAGGUGAUACAGGAGUUGACGCGAGUGGAGGACACUGCGUUCAACCUCUACGACUCGAUAGUCAAGUACUACAUGGCGAGGUAA